CCAGAAUCGUCAACAAAACACGAGAAACUCCUCACAAACUCACCUUUUUGUCUAAGUUAGGGUUGUAUAUUUUAGAGAACAAGUGUUAGGGAUUUACAAGUUCGUCGAUGAAAAAAAAAACGAUCAAAAUGCCGCCCAAGAAAUAUCGUAAUCCACUUGAUCAGAAGAAUCCUGUUGUGACCCUGGUUGACUGUAAAACAAAAGAAUCAAAGUACUACCUCCACGUCUCGCAACCUCCAUCUGCCACGCUAUUCAACAAUCCAGCCAUGAGUGAUAUUUGUCUAAAAGUUGGAGAGCAUACAUUUUAUGCCCAUAAACUUAUCCUAAGUGCUUCUAGCGAUGUGUUUGCACGUAUGCUGAAUUCCGAUUGGCUCGAGAGCAAGCAGAGUGAACUGGUGCUUCAGGAGGAUGACGAGUGCGUAAAAGUGUUUGAAAGAUUCCUGAAAUAUCUUUACAGUGGAAAGAUUCUUAUCAACAAAGACUAUGUCUUCACGUUGUUCCUUCUUGCUGAUAAGUACAAUGUGAAAGGGCUGUAUGAUGAGUGCGUUGUCCAGAUCGAAAAAGGUUUGGGGGUGCAUGUGCAGAAAGAAACUGAAACCCCUGCUGCGAGUACAUCGAAGAAAAUAAUCAGCUUCGAUGGUUACAGUAGCAGUUCCAGUGAUACUAGUGAAGCCAGUAGUCCUCCACCGUUCUACAAAGAUCAUGCCAAAUUUGUGCCGUCUUAUAAGAACCUAAUCCCAAGUGAAACAUUCCCAUUGAACCAAGUGAUUCGAAUGUUGUCCUUUGCUCACAACGAAAAAAUCUAUGAUGCUGCUUUGUAUAAUCUUGAAGUGAGACUUGGAAAACAGCUCGCCAACGGCGAUUAUAAAACUUGGAACCUAUUGGAUCAUUCCAUUCUUAUGCGCAUCAUUGAGGAUAACAACUUCUACUGCCAGGAAUACACCAUUUUCAAAGCUGCCAAAGCGUGGCUUCUGUCCCGAGAGGAGCGUCAGACUACGGAUAUCAUGACUGAAAUCUUCAACCGGAUUCGUUUUGGUGUUAUGUCGCCGGAUGAACUUUACGAUGUGGAAGCGGACCGAUUCCUUAAUCAGUGCGCGGAUGCUGUACAGCUCGUUAAGGAGGCCAUACGAUACAAACUGUUCAAAGACUGUCCACGCGCCCUUGCCAAGGAAAAUUGGACUGGGUCGCAGUUCAUGAAAAGGCAGGUUAAGACGGGAUGACUGAAGAAGUUGAAAAGUGUUGUUUGUUUCACUCCAAAUUGGUGAAGUUAUCCUUUACUUUUUGUGCAGUGAUGUUUAUCAGCCUUAGACAGCUGCCUGAGCUCAAGACGAUGAUAUGGUGCAGGCCUCUUAUGAAGUUUUUUAGGGGUACCCAUUUUUUAGAGCUUCAUGUAUUUUGGCCUUGGGUACUGGGAUGUGAAAGAAGAUUAGAGAGGGCACCGACUGCCAUGGCAGCGGUGUUGGGAGUAGUUAAAUUCAAGCCCUGGUGCCAUCUCAGCUCGAACUUAACCACUGCAUGUCAUGAGUGAUGAAAUGGUAAGUUUUAAAAUGAGAAGCAGAAAUCCUCAUGUGGCUUAAUCUAAAUUGUAAGUUGGAAAAAGCUAUUGGUGAAAAUCUUGGAUUGUAUUUAAAGAAAAUCUUAACCUGUUUUCAUAAAAAAGGGUAGUUUUCAGAUGAUAUGAUGUAUUUGCUUUCGCUGAUAAGGUUGAUGUUUGUUUCAUGUUGUUCUUGUUGUUUAUUUGUUCAUUUGUUCAUUUCGGAAUGUUGCUUAUUAGAAGCCCUGAGGUCGCAAUGUAUGUUGAAUGAGUUGAUGAGCUAUGCAAAUCAUUGAAAUGCUUGAAAAAUAUGUUGUUUCUUUGUAUAGUAUGUAAAUUGCAUUGUGAUAAAUGUUUUUGUGGAGGUGAUGCGAUCAAAAUUGACCAGCUGUUUAUUGAUUAUGAAAAUCCAAAGGAAACCUGAUUGACUGUGUCUUAAAACUAUUGACUGUAAAACUUGAAUAACCAACAGAAGUUCUUUGUCUCUGGAAAUUUGUUGUAAAUUGGUUCAGCUGAGAAGUGUGUGAGGACCCUUCAUAGGGUGAUACCUGUAGGAUUAUCUAAUUCACUGCUCUUUUUUCCGCACCACCUUUUGCAGUAUCAUGAUUGUAUGGUUGGCUAAAAGUUUAGACCGAAUGCGUGUUUGAUAUUGACCAAGAAGCUCAAGUUGAGGAUGAUUUUUUUUUUAAUUUUUGAAAGUAGGUAGAAGCGUUAUAUUGAUCUCAGUGGGUCUGGAUGAUUCUGAGUGAUGUUCUGGGUUGUCAUACAUGGUAGUACAUUGUAUUAAGCCCUGCGAGUGAAUCAAAAGAAAAAUUAAAAACAUUUUUUUUAAAUUCUGUAUCUAACCUUUGUUGUGUGUAUUCGUAAGCAAGUAAGUGUACCUGGACUUAGGUGCUAUUUUUUUAGUUAUCUGCAUUGAUCACCGGUUAUCAUCAAAUGUGGUUUAAAUUACUGGUCGUAGUGAUUUAAGUCACCCUUAUCUGGGUGUUAGAUUGGGUAAUAAAAAUUGAAAUCAAAUUGUAUGUAGUUUGAAGCCGGGAAUUAAUAAUACACACAAUUUGUGAUUUGGGACUGGGAUGCAACGAGGUCCUUUGCUUGAUUACUGUCUAGCCGGUCAUCACUUUUAAUAUUUCAGAGUAACUGUAUAGAGGGCUGUACUGGUGUGCAUCAGAAUAUGUACUUGAGCUUUAUUUUACCAGGUGUUUGCAGUGCUGUUGGGGAUGUAACCUGUCUCAUGCCCUCUGAUGCCCUCAUAAUGUUGACGGUCAGCAAUUCCUGGAACUAUACGUUAUUUAUAUGUAAUUGUAUUAGUAUUUUUGUUGUCUUAUAAUAUUUUUUGGUACCUGUAUUUAUUGUUUCUUCUCUGUCUCAUUUGUAGGCCAGUUUAUGUUUAUUUUGUCCAGAGAUUGAAAAGUUUACGAUAUGUAUUCUUGAGAUUCAAUAAUUUGAACAGAAUACUCUCGAAUAUUUUUGGCAAUCACACAAGUUUCCUGCGCCAAGCUUCCGGUUGGCUGACACUACCAGUCGUUACUAAAGCGUGUGAUAACACAUCAACAACAAUGUCGUAAACUUUACAUUCUUCUUGUGUAAUUCACUACGCAACAUGAUCUCGAAAGAUUUUCGUACAUGUGACAUUUCUAAGAAUUGCUGGGGUAAAAAUUUGGGACGUUGUCAUCUCUAUGAUGAAUAAUAUAUGUUUUUUAGUGAAAGUAUAUCACAACAGUGAUGCGAGGGCAAGAAAGUGGUGAAGUACCAUUUGUGUGAAGAUUGAGUUGUAACAAAUUUGAUAACUACAUGUAUAGUUUUAAAGGUCUGGUAUGAAUACAGUGAGGCUGGUCAGUUAGUGUAAAUCUGGGCUUUGUUAUACUUUGUCUGAAGUGUAUGAGUGAAAAUGAA